AUUCUGCCCUGUGUGAAGCAAACAGUAUCUUGAUGACCUUAGCAGCAGACCUGCCGAGUGCCAUUCCACAAGCUACUGUAUAUAGGGCCUAUUUAGCCUGCAGUCACAGUGUACCUUGAACUGGGAUGACCUUUUGGACACAAAGAAUAGUGUUUUUUAUUGCUAUUUUAGAAAUGUGUGUACAAUCACAGCUAUACCUGUAGGCUAUACUGUAUACCUAUAACUACAUAGCUAUUGACCUACUGUAUAGCUACAGUAGGUAAAGUAAGGUUAGAUUGUAGAUAGGUAGAUAUAGUAUAACUUAAACAAAAUUCGAAAGCGGUCUGAUUUGUUUUGCAUUCUCUACUGUUUUUGUGAAGAAUCCUUCUUCCUGAUAGGGGAUCUGGAUUUGCAACAUUCCUUAACCCUUUGUGAUUUCCAUUGGCUACUCCUUAUCAUCCCAUUUCAGAGCUUACACAGCACUAAGUAUUUCUUACUUGAGCCAUCCACUGAUAGGUGUCUUGAGGUUUACUCUGCAGUAUACUGUAUGGACUGUAGCCUUCCUGUAGUUGAUCGCAACAACAGGAAAAUGCCAUUGGGUCAAGAUGGACACUCAUGGAAGAAGAAAACGUGUGACAUCAAGGAGGUGUUUGACUUCAAAGAGGUCCUGGGAACGGGUGCAUUCUCGGAGGUAGUGCUAGCGGAGGAGAAGCGGACCCAGCGGCUGGUGGCCAUCAAGUGCAUCCCUAAGAAGGCUCUGGAGGGGAAGGAGAACAGCAUCGAGAACGAGAUCGCCGUCCUGCACAAGAUUAAGCAUGCCAACAUCGUCUCCCUGGAGGAUAUCUUUGAGAACAAGGCACAUCUCUACCUUGUCAUGCAGCUGGUGUCUGGCGGAGAGCUGUUUGACCGCAUUGUGGCGAAGGGAUUCUACACGGAGAAGGACGCCAGCAAGCUCAUCCAGCAGAUCCUCGACGCGGUCAAGUACCUGCACGACAUGGGCAUUGUGCACCGAGACCUCAAGCCUGAGAACCUGCUGUACUACAGUAUGGACGAGGACUCCAAGAUCAUGAUCAGCGACUUCGGCCUGUCCAAGAUCGAGGGCACCGGCAGUGUCAUGUCCACAGCCUGCGGUACGCCAGGAUACGUAGCUCCUGAGGUUCUGGCCCAGAAACCCUACAGCAAAGCAGUGGACUGCUGGUCCAUCGGAGUGAUUGCAUAUAUACUGCUUUGUGGAUACCCUCCCUUCUACGACGAGAACGACUCCAAGCUGUUUGAGCAGAUCCUGAAGGCGGAGUACGAGUUUGACUCACCGUACUGGGACGACAUCUCAGAGUCAGCGAAAGAUUUCAUCAUCCACCUGAUGGAGAAGGACCCUAGACUCCGGUACACAUGUGACCAGGCUCUCCAGCACCCCUGGAUUGCUGGAGACACAGCUCUGGACAAGAACAUCCACGAGUCUGUGAGCGCCCAGAUCAAGAAGAACUUUGCCAAAAGCAAAUGGAAGCAAGCCUUCAACGUGACGGCGGUGGUGCGGCGCAUGCGUCGGAUGCAGCUGGGUACCAGCCAGGAGGGAGCCAGCCAGACCAACCUGCCCAGCCCCUGCCACGGCCACCUGCUGCUGCCUGAGAGCAGUGAGGUGGAGGAGGUGGAGGAGGAGAGGCAGACAGGUGCCCAGUGUGAGGGGGGCUGUUCGGAGGUGGCCGCUGGUGAGGGUGCAGAACGCGACCCCCUGCAGAACUGCGCCUACCGCUGCCACCCGGCGAGCCGCGUGUAAUAGCAGCGCAGCAUCAGCCGCCACCAAAAAACCCCGCCAAAACCACCUCAGACUAGACUGUCCCUGUUUUGCGCAUCACUGGAGCCCGACACUAAUCCCCAGUCUGGCCAGGAAUAUGGAGUUGUUCCGGCGUCCCGCCACCAGGGCGCGCUGCUGUGUAAAGAAUACAGGGUUGGGGAAAGGAAAAGGGACACAACGGCAAUGCAGCGGGUCACUUCUUUUAGGCCAACAGAAGAGGAGGAGGAGGAGGAGGAGGAGGAGAAGAGAGUUGAGAGAAUGGUCUGAUGAAGAGAGGGUAAGAGGCGGAGGAGAAGAGAAGAGGGAAAGAGUAAGAGGAGGUGAGGUGCUCCUCAAGUGGAUUGCCGAUUACUCUCAUGGAGACGUGGACAGAGAGCGUGGACGUCGCUUCACUCAUCUUUACAACAACAAAAAAACAGUCAUCUGUCUCCGUGUUGAUAUUUCUAUAUGCAGUAUAGUGAUUUUAUCUGGUUUACCCUGUUCCUCCAGAAACCGUUUUGGUUAGCCUUUCUUUCGUUUUAUUUGUUUUUCAACAUGAAUUCUCUGGCUUAGUCCUUAGCAACUCAGUCAGUGGAUAUGUUUUACCUUUCUGUACUGUAUAUGAAGAUGGAGGCAGUGUUGGAGUGCAUUGGGAAGGCUCAGGGGUGUGCAGGUGUGACGUCAUGUACUAUUUUACAUUUACGUUUAUUGAGAGCUUGCCGCCAGGUUGUGCUACUCCUCUGGGGUACUGUAGCCUACUGGUGGCGAGUGGGAAGCCUAGUUUACAUGGGAAAAGUCAGGUGUUUUGCAAGCAGGUACGGCACAUACACGCAUGUGUGUAAACAUUCCUUUUUGUCCAUAGUGGUUUUUUUUUUUUUUUUUCGAUCAGUGUUGACUCUUGCGAAAAGUUAAAACGUUUGACUUCCCCUUUGGUCGCUUGAUAUAUUUUUCUUCUUUGCCCUUGCUGCAUCCACAUGUUUCAGAGUCAGUCCUGUCAUUGCAGUAUCUCAUGUUUUACAUAAAAAAACAUUUUAAACUAGUUCAGUUUAUCAACCUCUGCUGUGCCUUCAGGGUCUGUGCAGUAUCAGAAGUGUUUGCGUAUCUCUCUGGUGUUGUUUCAACACACACAGCGUCUUGUCAAACCAAUCUCCAUUAAAAAAAAAGAAUAGAAGGAAUAUUUUGCAUCAAACUUAUCAUAGCAUUCUAUUUAUGACGUGGCAGAGUAAUGUCAGAAACAGCACUACACAAAUGCAGAUGGUACAAGGCUCCCUAGUUUCAAUCCCAGCCAUACAUACUACUACUCCAUUAGGGACAAACUCAAUGCCAGACUAUACAUUUUGAUGACUAUUCAGAACCUGUGAAAAUAUGAGGGGAGUACUAUUUGCAUUCCUGUCAUACAACCAAACUCUUUGUAGUUCCAGCCAAGCAUGCUCAUUUUUUUGUACUAUAAGCUAUGUUGACAUGUUUGUGUUUUUUAUGUUCCCUGGUGAAUUGCAUUUUUUGUUGUUGGUGCUUUGUUUGUUUUCUUACUGUUUCCCCACAUUUGUGCUCCAUUCAUAUUUUGCACCCCACAAUUGUGUACAGAACUAUUGAUAAAUUAAAAGAAUGUACAUCUUGCA